AUGCCUCACCGUUCCAAGCUCACCUUUAACACCAACGCGACCUACUUCCUGGUUGGCUGUCUCGGCGGUAUAGGCCGCUGUCUAACAGCUUGGAUGAUUAAGCGUGGUACCAGACGAUUUACCUUCAUGUCCAGACCCGGCCUCGGUAACAAACAGACGGCGUCCUGGAUUCACGGUCUGGAGGCCAGGGGCAUUACGUGUCAGAUCACCAAGGGUGACGCUUCCAAUAAGAGCGAUAUCGAUGUAGCUAUUCAUGACUGGCAGACAUCUAUUGCACCAAAGGCGCUCGCCGCUAUGAACUUAGACCAAGCCUUUGCAGAGAUCGAUAUAGACUUCUUCGUCUUCACCAGUUCUACCUCGGGCAUCCUGGGUACUCCCGGACAAGCCAACUACGCGGCCGGGAACAGCUUCCUCGACAACCUGGCAAGAAACUGCAUGGCUAGAGGCCAGCACGCCGUCUCUCUCGUCCUUCCCAUGGUACAGAGCGUCGGUGUGGUGGCCGAGAAUCCCGAGAUUGAGGCUGCGCUACGACGCAAGGGCAUCUACGGUAUUAACGAGACGCACCUCCUCGAGGCCCUCGAGGCCGCCAUCGCCACGCAGGCCACCACGACGCCGGCUGACCAUAUUGUCGUCGGCAUGGACCCCAGCAAACUUAAAAGCUCACUGUCGAGAAGUGACUUUACUGACAGCUUCUGGAUAGAGGAUGCGCGCUUCAAGGCUGUGCCACAGGCCAUCGACUCUCGCGGGUCGUCUGAUAACAGCAGCGGCUUCACUAUUCUCAAAGCCAUCCAAGAGGCCAGUUUGCUGCAGGUUAGUGUUGGCCUAGUCUCGGAGCACUUCAUCACCAAGCUGUGCCGCCUGUUGAUGCUCGAACCAGAUUGUCUUUGA